CCGCCCACUCGGCGUGCAGACCCAUUGAUGACGUUCAGCUCUGACAACUAGCCACGGAUCUGCUAAGAAGUAGCAGUUUGCGACUUCCUUUGUUUUUGUCCAUUGUGUCAUUGCGAGGUUUGGGACAUGGCUGAAAAGGAGGUGUACGAUGAUGCAGUGGAAGAAAGGGUCAUCAAUGAAGAAUACAAGAUCUGGAAGAGGAACACUCCAUUUCUGUACGACCUGGUCAUGACCCAUGCCCUGGAGUGGCCCAGUCUGACUGUGCAGUGGCUUCCAGAUGUCAACAGGCCAGAGGGGAAGGACUACACAGUCCACCGGCUGGUUCUGGGGACCCACACAUCAGAUGAGCAAAACCAUCUUGUAAUAGCCAGUGUCCAGGUACCAAACGACGACGCCCAAUUUGAUGCAUCACACUACGAUAGUGAAAAAGGAGCAGAGUUUGGUGGGUUUGGCUCAGUGAGUGGGAAAAUAGAGAUUGAGAUCAAGAUUAACCAUGAAGGAGAGGUGAACCGAGCACGCUACAUGCCCCAGAAUCCCUGCAUUAUUGCCACCAAAACUCCCACAUCUGACGUUCUGGUCUUUGACUACACCAAGCACCCAUCAAAGCCAGAUCCCAGUGGGGAGUGCAGUCCUGACCUGAGGCUCAAAGGUCACCAGAAAGAAGGUUACGGCCUUUCCUGGAAUCCAAACCUCAGUGGCAACCUGCUCAGUGCCUCUGAUGACCAUACCAUCUGUCUGUGGGACAUCGGCACCGGCCCAAAGGAAGGAAAAAUUGUCGACGCUAAGACCAUCUUCACUGGUCACACCGCAGUUGUGGAAGACGUGUCGUGGCAUUUACUCCAUGAAUCCUUGUUUGGCUCUGUUGCUGAUGAUCAGAAACUAAUGAUAUGGGACACUCGUUCCAACAACACUUCUAAAGCCAGCCACUCGGUUGAUGCUCACACUGCUGAGGUCAACUGUCUGAGCUUCAAUCCCUACAGCGAGUUCAUUCUUGCUACAGGUUCUGCAGAUAAGACUGUUGCAUUGUGGGAUCUAAGGAAUCUCAAACUGAAGCUCCACUCUUUUGAGUCCCACAAGGAUGAAAUUUUCCAAGUUCAGUGGUCGCCUCACAAUGAAACCAUCCUGGCCUCCAGCGGUACCGACCGACGUCUCAACGUCUGGGAUCUCAGCAAAAUUGGGGAGGAGCAGUCUUCAGAGGACGCUGAGGACGGCCCACCAGAGCUUCUGUUCAUUCAUGGUGGCCACACGGCCAAGAUAUCAGACUUCUCCUGGAACCCCAAUGAACCCUGGGUCAUUUGCUCCGUGUCCGAAGACAACAUCAUGCAAGUCUGGCAGAUGGCAGAGAAUAUCUACAAUGAUGAGGAGCCAGACAACACACCCGCAUCAGAGCUGGAAGCUCAAGGAUAAUGAACACUCUCUGCCCAGACCAACUCCUCCUCCAACCCCUGGACCUUGGCUGUCUCCUGAUCCAAUAAUUUGUGAAAUGUCAGAGCAGCCUGCGCCCUCUCUAGUUCACACUUGAAUUUGGUGUCAUUCCACUGGCCCUUAACAGGGGCCAGGGCUCUGAACAGAAGCACAGAUUGGCACUGUUCCCCUUCAAGUGUUUUCUCUUCAGUAUUAUAAAAAGCAUUUUGUGGUAAAGGGCAUUAGAAAAUAUUGUUCAUAAAGUUAUUUUUUCAGACCCACUAAGCUCACAGGAAAACAUAAUUAAUGCCA